AUGUGGAACUCUCCCAAGGUCGGAAUUCUCGGCGGUGGUCAGCUUGGCCGCAUGCUCGUCGAGGCCGCCAACCGAUUGAACAUUCAGGCCAACGUCCUGGACGCCGACAAUUCUCCGGCCAAGCAGAUCAGCUUCCACGACGGCCAUGUUACCGGCUCGUUCAAGGAGCGCGAGGCUGUCCGUCAAUUGGCCAAGUCCUGCGAUGUCAUCACCGCCGAGAUCGAGCACGUCGACACCUAUGCCCUUGAGGAGGUCGCCUCAGACGUCCGCGUGGAGCCCAGCUGGCAGGCUAUUCGGACUAUCCAGAACAAAUUCAACCAGAAGGAGCACCUGCGCAAAUAUGGAAUUCCCAUGGCCGAUCACCGGGAAUUGGUCGAGAACACCCAGGAGGCAUUGGCGAAGAUUGGAGAGGAGCUUGGUUACCCGUUGAUGUUGAAGUCGAAGACGAUGGCAUAUGACGGACGGGGUAACUUCCGUGUCAACUCCAAGGCCGACAUCCCCGAGGCUCUCGAAGCCCUCAAGGACCGACCAUUGUAUGCGGAGAAGUGGGCGUACUUCAAGAUGGAAUUGGCUGUCAUGGUCAUCAAGACUAAGGACGAUGUUUUGUCAUACCCCACCGUCGAAACCUUGCAGGAGGACUCAAUAUGCAAGCUGGUCUACGCGCCAGCCCGGAACGUGUCCGACAAGAUCAACGAGGAGGCACAGGCCAUGGCCCGGAAGGCUGUCGCCGCAUUCGAGGGCAAGGGAGCUUUCGGCGUGGAGAUGUUCCUCCUGGAGGACAACAGCCUGAUGCUGUGCGAGAUCGCCAGCCGAAUCCACAACUCCGGCCACUACACCAUCGAAGGCUGUGGUAUGUCCCAAUUCGAAGCCCACAUCCGCGCCAUCAUGGAUCUUCCCAUUCCCUCCAAGAGCCUCGAGAUCCGCCAGCCCUCCAUUAUGCUCAACAUUAUCGGCGGCGCCGCCCCCGACACCCACCUCAAGGCCGCCGAGGCCGCUCUCUCCAUCCCCAACGCAAGCAUCCACCUGUACAGCAAGGGUGCUGCUAAGCCCGGCCGCAAGAUGGGUCACGUCACCGUGACUGCUGCGUCGAUGCACGAGGCUGAGACUAUCAUCCAGCCCCUCGUCAACGUCGUCGACGAUAUCCGCGCUCAGCGCACUGAUAUCAAGACCAAGGCUGUAGCUUCUGGUCCCGGCAAGCCCGCUGCCCAGGUCGCGGUUGUCAUGGGUUCCGACAGUGAUCUCAAGACUCUUGUUCCAGGUCUUAAGCUGCUCGAGAGCUACUUUGGCCUCGUGCCCGAUGUCGAGAUCACUUCUGCUCACCGUACCCCGAACUACAUGGCCGAGUACUCUGCCGAAGCUGCCGCCCGCGGUAUCAAGGUUAUCAUCGCUGCCGCUGGUGGUGCUGCUCAUCUCCCCGGCAUGGCAGCUGCUCACACUGCGCUCCCUGUCAUCGGUGUGCCAGUGAAGGGCAGCGUCCUGGACGGUGUCGACAGCUUGUACAGCAUUGUGCAGAUGCCUCGUGGUGUCCCCGUCGCAACCGUCGGCAUCAACAACAGCAUUAACGCCGCUCUCCUCGCUGCCCGUAUCAUCGGUGCUUUCGACCCCGCCAUCCAGCGCAAGGUUGAGGCUUACGCCGAAGAGGCUCGCGCCGAGAACAUGGAGAAGAAGGGUACCAAGCUCCAGGAGCUGGGUUGGGAGAAGUACUUUGCGCAGAUGUAA